AGUAUGCGUACUGUAUAGAAUGCUCCAGGGAGUGGGAGACCCGGCGUAUUCUAUGGGCGGGGCCUCCGCCAGCUGGCAGAUGUUUCCCGCGCGGUCAUAGCGCUCCUCUAGCGUAAACCUACGCGACGGCAAAGUAGUCCCUAGUAUUUCUUCAAUUAUUGCUAGCAAUAAGUGUGCUACUUACGUGACUAUUUGGCAAAUGUAUUCCUUGAGAAGGUAUUAACGAUUUUCAUAUAUUCUUUUACUAGAAUUUCCGGAUUUCUACUGGAUAGUAAGAAGGGACUGGCGCAGGACUGGCCUAUGGAAUUUCGCUGGCCAGGGCAGAAGCACCGAGCACGGUUACCCCCUCCGUUUACUUCUUCCGGAGGAUGAUCAUCUCAUGGAGUAGGAUCCAGUUUUCGCGAGAAUGGCUACUACUAGCAGUUACUAAACGCCCGGACUCUUGAUGUGUGUGUUGUUUAGUGCGUCUAUGGUUCUUUUUUUAUCCGUCCGUAUAAUCGUGCUUCUUCGACACCUGCCGUCCCUUGUGUACCGGCACCCGGUAUUCGAGCGGCAUCUCAGUAGGCAUUGUCAGGUCGAGUCUGAUCGUCGAGUAUUGAAAACGUGUCUUGCGUUUAUUCAAUAAAUAAAGAUUUACAGCGGAUCGAAGCUGUUUUUCGAGAGAACUGAAGCAUCACGAGUGUAUACCGAAGCAAUUGUUAAUUAACAUCGGAAUAUAAUUUCUUGACGGAAUUUGACUACGGGUUUAAUAAUAACGAGAGUCAUCGAAAUAUUCGACGCUCGACCACGUGAGGAAUACCAAGACGCCCGAGUCAAGAUAAAUUGUCUAGGAGUCAUAUUUCCACGAAAGAAGAUCCAUACAUACAUCACAUACAGAGGGUGUAUUCAAAGGGCUCGAUGGACUACAAAUCACAUGUACGACCACCCAAUUGUCGAAAGUUAAGAUGCUACAGAAUACAAGUUGGUGCAACCUAGACGAAAAUAAAAAAUUUCUGUGCUGAGAAAACCUUGAAGUACGGGAGUAAAACUGACCAAUUACAAAAAAAAAACAGCAGGACGGCCAGGGUUGAGGAAAGGAGGAAGUGAGAAAAAAAAUUGUCAUAGUGAGAGGCCCUAGAGGGGCUGGGAACCCCCUGAUUGCGACGGCACUGGGACCGGCGGCGGAGUGAUCCGCGACGCGUCGUGGGGGCCCUCAGCUGUUUCCCGCCAAAGAUCGCCAUUACAAAACGCGUUCGGGCGUUGUGUGUGCGCCGCGGUGUGGUCUGUCCCGUGGACAAAUCUCGGUGCGUGACCGUAUAUUAAUAAUACGCGAGAAAGUACAGCGGGUGGCGUACGAGGGUCGUUGUGAAGAAAGGUGCGCGUUUUACUCGACUAAGUGUGUCCAAGUUGGUUUUUCCCGUCUCGGCUGGUGGGACGUGAGUCGCGCGCGGGAUAGUAGUGAAGCCGAGCUGGGCGAGAUAUGUCAGUGUUUGCCGCUAGUGACGAUCGGAUUCUGAUUGAAGAAAUAGUGGAAGUGACCGAGGAGCAGGAAGCCGAGCUGUGCAGCAGCAGCGAGACCGUCGACGAGAGCUCGGUGGCCACGAGCGUGGCGGUCGCCGAGAUUGCGGAAACGCAGGAGCAGCAAACGCCGCAGCAACGGCAGAACGGCAGCGCGACCGGUUGCCGCACGGCCGGUCAAAACGCUCAGGGAAUCACAGCGAUCUCCAUUAACGGCGACGGCACGAUCGAUCACGGCAGCAGCACGGGGGGCGUGGGCCGAGUUACGCCUCGCAGCCACAUGGAGCAGGAGAAACGCAUGCGGCGAGAAAUCGCCAACAGCAACGAGCGACGACGUAUGCAGAGCAUCAAUGCGGGUUUUCAAUCGUUGAGAACGCUUCUGCCGCAUCACGAGGGCGAAAAGUUAUCUAAGGUAACGGAACUUCCAUUUGUGCACGUCCGUCCCAUCUGUUCUUUGACAUCACAGAGGUAGUAUAUAGUAUCGCGGGUCAAAGGUCAAAAGUAAUAUUCAUCCACGUGCUAGUUUGAUCGAUGACUUUUUACUUGUGAUCGUCUCUCUGAUAAGGGUGCAUACGUAAAAACCACAAGAUAUAUAUAUAUAUAUAUGCUUAGAAUUCUCAACCCGCAGCGUUAUUAUUCAAGGAAAUUCAAUUUCUGCCGCACGUAAGGGAAACAAGCAGCAUUGUACGUACAGUGUCAGAGAAAGCAGAGGAGAAAGAGAGAGAAAAGAGAAAGUGAGCAGGCUCCCUGUUCAAUAAAUAGAAAGAGCAGACUUGCCUCUCGGAAGAAAGCUCUCCGAGAGAAGUCCGUCGCAAAGGUAGUAGCAGCGAGCUUGCGAACCUUCGGAAUUAAAAGGCAGCAGACGCGGAAAGUUUGCCGAGUUUGCAAUUGGGGGCGGGGGGGGGGCAGUAGCUACAGUUAUAAAACGAUGCCCGGUAGCAGCGCCGAGGCGUGGGAUAUCGGUUGUGUGAAUAUUGGAAAAGGGGGUAGUCACGAGCGCACCUUCAUUAGGUGGGUGCAGGGAAUGUAUAUAUAUAGGUAACCAUGAACGAGGUCGGGCCGCUGAAGGAACUUCAGAGUGGAGGGGGGGAGGAGGGGUGGAUCAGUCAAGACUAUGGAACACAUAUACAGGAUCUACGACAGCCUAUGCAGUUAUGUACGUGUAAUAUACAUAUAUGGUUCAGGCACUCCUCGGAUCAGACGUCGGCUUCCUUCGGUAAGCUUCGGCUUGACUCGGUUCAUUUCAGUCAGCUGGCUGACAGGGCGUUGCCCCGCGGUGCACCAUUCAUUACGGAGUGCAGCCCGACUAGACCUAGCACGACCAGAGA